ACCCAGGCUGCCUCCAUCAGGCUGCUGAAGAAGAAGAAGAAGAAGAAGAAGAAUUGAUCAUCAUCAUCAUCAUCAUCAUCAAGAGGAGCGUUCAGGUUCCAUGCAGGCCAAGUAGCCGUCACAACCCGGGGACAGCCCGGCUUUCUACCAGCGCGUUGAGGAUGAGUAUGGAGGAUUAUGACUACUUGUUCAAAAUCGUUCUGAUCGGGAACGCCGGAGUUGGGAAGACAUGUCUCGUACGCCGCUUCACUCAGGGCCUUUUCCCGCCCGGUCAAGGAGCCACCAUCGGCGUGGACUUCAUGAUUAAGACGGUGGAAAUCCGAGGGCAGAAGGUCAAGCUGCAGAUCUGGGACACGGCGGGACAGGAGAGGUUCCGCUCCAUCACACAGAGCUAUUACCGCAGUGCCAACGCCCUCAUUCUCACCUACGACAUUACCUGCGAGGACUCCUUCAGGUGCCUUCCCGAGUGGCUGCGGGAGAUCGAGCAGUACGCCAACAACCAGGUGGUGACUAUAUUAGUCGGCAACAAGAUCGACCUGGCGGAGAAGAGGGAGGUCCAGCAGCACCGGGCCCAGGACUUUGCCGAGGCCCAGGGCAUGGUCUACCUGGAGACGUCGGCCAAGGAGUCGGACAACGUGGAGAAGCUCUUCCUGGACCUGGCCUGCCAGCUGAUCCGCGAGGCCAAGCGCAACAAGCUGGACAACACGGACACUGCCCCCAUGCCUGGCGAGGGCAAGACCAUCAGCUACCUGAGCUGCUGCAGCCUGGUGUAGGGCCUCGACUGGAGGGGGCCCCUCACCGUCCUUUCCAUGGUUCCCUCAUGCCUUCUUCCAGGCCACCUUCCCCUCUGGGAAUCCACGCAGGGCCUGUCGUCAUGGCAACACGGUCACGCCCACGUCACCAGCAGUGUGAGUGACCCAGGAAUGUUUUCUUUGCACUAGUGAUGUGCGAUACUGCAUCUUUGUGCGCUGAUAUCAUUCUCCAAUUACUUCUAAGGGCCCAUUCUGAGGGGGCCAUGUUGAUAUCUUUUUUUUUUUAGGAAAAAUGCUAAAGACAGAUAUUAUCAGCUGAGUAUUAGUGAUUUUAAUGCUACUUAUUAGAACAAUUGUCUCAUACCAAUUUUUUUAACCUUUUUUUUAACUGUUGAACAAUAUUUAUUAUUAUUUUUUCAUUAAUAAGUUUUGUUUUUUUUAACUAACUGAUUUUGGUUUAUCUUUAUGUAUACUUUAAUGUUAUUUAGAAAGCUAAUAUUUUAGACUAGGAGUGUUUAGACUUUUUCCACCAACACUAAAAAGUUUUUAUUUAAAAAAAAAAACAUUAUAUAUUUUUAGACAAAACAUGUAUAAGGGGACUAAGUAUAUUUUUAAUAUUAUUAGAACAUUUUUCUCAUUACAUAUCAAAAUGUUUUACCUUCUUUUUAACCGUUGAACAAUAUAUAUAUAUUUUUUUUAUUAAUUCAUAAGUUUUUUUAAUUUUUUAUUAACUGAUUUUUGUUCAUCUUGAAGUAUUUUUCUUAAUUUAUUUUGUGUUUUAAAAACAACAUAAUAUAUUUAAAAACAAACUUGUUAAAGGUGACUAAGUAUAUUGUUAUUAGUUUAAAAAUGUCGUCUUUUCCUCAUUACAUACCACAUUUAAAAAAAUGUUUAACUGUUGAACAACAUUUAUUAUUAUUGUUUUUUUUAAAUUAAUUCAUAAGUUAUUUUUUUGUUUUUUUAAUUAACUAGCUGUUUUUUGUUCAUCUUUAAGUAUAUGUUAUUGUUAUUUUGAGAGCUAAUAUUUUAGACCAGGGGUGUCUAAACAUUUUCCACUAAAACGUUUUUAUAAAAAAUAAAUAAAACAUAAAUUAAAAGACAAAACGUGUUAAAGGUGACCAAGUAUAUUAUUAUUAUUAUUAGUUUAAAAUUUUAAUUUUUUUCUCAUUAUAUUCUGAUUUUUUGCCUCCUUUUUCUUAAAUUUUUACUGUGUUUUUUAUUUGUAUUUUUCGAUUAAACAGUUAUUUGAAAACACAACUUUUGACAUUUUCAGUAUAUUUUCACCAAGUAAUGGUAUCGGCUGGGUAUCGCCGAUACCAGCCUGAAUGAGACUGGGCAUGGGAAAGUGGUAUCGCACAUCACUAUUAAUUGUUUGUCCUUCUUCAAACUGUGAAACCUUGGACUCCUCCUUGCUGCUAUGGUGUCUUCUUGUGUUGAAGCAACUGCAUCAGUAUUGGGCCUUCUCGCACUCCUAAAAGUCAACUAAUAUUUUUACGAGAAGCUGUUUUCAUUUACCGACAUGAGUAUUCACCUCGUUAAGUUCUUUCAUAUGCUUUUAUUGUGAAAAACCUCUGCAUUGCAUGUUUUGCCAUGUAGUGAUGAUAUAUUGAUCAUAACGUACUGUAUUGCACAAUGCCGUUUACUGCACACUUUGUUUUACUGUAACAUGUUUCUCCUACUCUUAGCACUUUUUUUUUGCUUUUAUAUUUAGAUUUUUAAAAAUGGCAGAUGUUUUUGUUUUGCUUUCUUACUUCAAAGUGGCAGCAGUUGCUUGUUUCCGGCUAACGCGAUAGGAAAACACUACAAGGGUGUUGCUUUCAUUCCUUACAUUUUGUGUACAAAAGUGUAUAAUAUUAAAUAAUACUACUAAAA